AUGAACCAAAAUUUCACCGACAUUGAUGCCGAAAUAUUACAUAUGUCUAAUGAAGAAAUAUUUAACAGAAUAAGACUGCUCGAUGGAGAAGUGAGAAUUAUGAAGAGCGAAGUAAUGCGAGUAUCUCAUGAAUUGCAGUCGCAGAAAGAGAAAAUUAAAGAAAAUAAUGAAAAAAUUAAGGUAAAUAAACAUUUACCUUAUCUGGUUUCAAACGUCAUAGAAAUAUUGGAUAUGGAAGCAGAAACAGAAGAUGAAGGGGCAGUUGUAGACUUGCAUGCAAAAAGUAGUGGAAAAUCUGCUGUUAUAAAAACAUCUACUAGACAAACUUAUUUUUUACCCAUGAUAGGACUUGUUGAGCCUUCAAUGCUUAAGCCAGGUCAAUUAAUUGGAGUUAAUAAAGAUUCUUAUUUGAUUUUAGAAAAACUUCCUUCAGAAUAUGAUGCAAGAGUUAAAGCUAUGGAAGUAGAUGAGAGACCAACUGACCAGUAUUCAGAUAUAGGUGGUUUGGAUAAACAAAUUGAAGAAUUGAUGGAAGCUGUGGUACUCCCUUUGAUACAUAAAGAAAAAUUUGAAGCAAUAGGUGUGAAGCCACCAAAAGGUGUUCUCCUUUAUGGUCCACCUGGAACUGGAAAAACUCUGCUUGCAAGAGCAUGUGCAUCACAAACUAAAUCAACGUUUUUGAAGUUAGCUGGACCUCAGUUGGUUCAAAUGUUUAUUGGAGAUGGUUCAAAGUUAGUCCGAGAUGCAUUUGCCCUAGCAAAAGAAAAAACUCCAGCUAUAAUUUUUAUAGAUGAAGUUGAUGCAAUAGGCACAAAAAGAUUUGAUUCAACAAUAGCUGGAGACAGGGAGGUUCAGCGAACAAUGAUAGAAUUACUCAAUCAGCUCGAUGGUUUUAGUUCUACUGAUGAUAUAAAAGUUAUAGCAGCAACCAACAGAGUCGAUAUACUUGAUCCUGCACUCUUGAGAUCUGGCAGACUUGACAAAAAAAUUGAAUUUCCUCAUCCAAACGAAGAUGCUCGAGCAAGGAUAAUGCAAAUACAUUCUCGAAAAAUGGUGACCAGUCCUGAUGUUAAUUUUGAAGAACUUGCUCGAUCGACAGAUGACUUUAAUGGAGCACAGUGUAAGGCUGUUUGUGUUGAGGCAGGUAUGAUGGCCCUUAAAAGGAAUAAACCUAUGGUGGAUCAUGAAGAUUUCAUGGAUGCAAUAUUUGAAGUACAAGCUAAGAAGAAAGCUAAUUUGAACUAUUUUGCAUAA